AUGAGUGCUGCUAUGGUCAACCCCGGGGGCCCAGCCGAGGUCCUACCCCUCAAGACGGACGCUCUCACCAAUGACCAGGAGGCUGGUACCAUUUCCAAGGCCAAGCCAACUUUCUUUCGCAGCACUCUCUUUCAGAUCCUCGUUGUAGGGCUCUGUGCCUUCUGCGCGCCAGGUAUAUGGAGCGCAAUGAACGGUCUAGGCGUAGGCGGCAGUCAGUCACCUGAUUUGGUCAAUGCAGCCAACGCCCUUCUCUACGCUUUCAUGACAGUGACCUGCUUUGCAGGCCCAUGGGUCACCAACGCGAUUGGAUUCCGCUACACGUUGAGCCUGGGAUCAAUUGGCUAUCCACUUUACGCUGCCGGUCUUUAUCUGAAUAAUCGCACUGGCGCCACAUGGUUGGUAUACUUUGGCUCUGUCUCCUGCGGCAUCAGUGCUGGGCUCUUCUGGAGUGUCGAGGGCGCCAUCGCAACCGGUUACCCGGAACAACACAAACGCGGUAGAUACAUCGCAACAUGGUUUACCUUUCGAAAUUUCGGCAAUAUUAUUGGAGGUGCAAUUUCCCUCAGCCUAAACUACGCCGACGAUAAACGCGGCAAGAUUGGGUACGAGGCAUAUCAGGCGUUCAUCGCUAUCCAAUGCCUAGGCCUGCUAUUUGGACUACUCCUAUCGAAUCCCGACAAGGUUCAGCGUGACGACGGCACUUGGAUUCAAACGUCGCAAGGUACCAUUCACUGGCAGACUGAGUUGCGCGCCAUGUGGAAACACCUCUCGAGUAAAUCCAUCCUGCUUCUCACGCCGCUCUUUUGGUACUUUGGCUGGAUUCAGGCCUAUCCCGGAACAUACCUUGCAACGUACUUUACAGUUCGGUCGCGUGCCCUGGCAAGUCUGCUGUCCUCAAUCGUGGGCACAUUGGCCACAUGGCUGGCAGGUUCUCUGGUCGACGUUCCCUGGGUAAAAGAUAGAAAAGUCCGCGCCCUGACUGCGUGGGUACUGAUUGCACUUCUCAACAGCGCUACAUGGAUAUGGGCCGUGAUUAUACAGAAUGAGUACCAACAUACUCACCCAACUCUCGAUUGGGGUAAUUUGACCGCAUUUGGGCGUGGCUUCGGACUCUACAUUUUUGAACGGAUCAGUUUAUCCCUGGUGGAGAAUUACAUCUACUGGUGUAUUGGAAAUCUGUCAGACUCACCUGGUGAGCAAAUUCGCUACAGCUCACUUUUGCGCGGCAUCGAGACAGCGGGCAUCGCUAUAGGGUUUGGCGUUCAGGCUGUUCCAACCAAGCUGAUUGCGACGGCCAGCAUCAAUUUGACCCUGUGGUUUAUUGCUUUUCCUUUCAGUCUCUGGGCAACUUUGCAGGUACUCCGAAAGUGGAAGACGGAAGGUCAGCAACAAGACAGCUAG